ACAUAGAUAGCGUUAGAGAGACACAGAGAGACACACACACAUACUAACAUAGAUAAAGUGACACACACCAAGGUAAAGAGGGAGACUGACAGAGAAACACCAAUGAACUUGCUCUCCAGGUGUGAUGAGGUGACAGGAGCCUAACCCGAUACACACACACACACUCCUGAACUAACUCACCACGAAGAAUCUGCAGGGAUUUCACCAUGUUGCCGGCAGGAAGGACCAGCUUUCUCCGUCUGGUGCUGCUCUGGCUUCUUGUCACCGUCUGCUCUUCUAAAGUGAACGAGCUGCAGUGUUACAAUGACUACGCCACCAGGAUCGAUUGCCACUGGACGGAGGACAUCUCAGUGAAGCCCCACAUACCCAUGAGGCUCUUCUAUCAGAAAGUGGACAGCUUAAGCAGUGAGCCGGAGCAGCAAUGUGAUGCGGUGCAGGUGAACCAGUCCGACUCCCUCAUCAGCUGGAACUGCACAAUCUGGAGAAAAUCUUUUUAUGCCAGUUUAGUCUACAAGUUCACCUUCAAACCAGUCACCCCACUCAAUGUCAGACAAACCACCAGCCUGAUGGACAACAUCAGACCCCGGCCUCCAGCCAACCUGAGCAUCAGCCACAUGAUGACCGGUGACUACCAUCUGACCUGGCAAACAGUGUACAGUGAGGCCAGUGGCAGCCGGCUCCAUGGCCACCUCCAAUACCAGGUUGAUCACUGCAGCCACCAGCAGUGUUGGCAGGAUGCUGUGAGUGAGCUGGUGCUGGAGAACAGGACACACUUAGUGAUCAGCCGGAGGCUGGCAAAGCCGGGAGAGCAUCGGGCACGGGUACGAGCCAGACCCCAGGCUAGCGGCCAGUACACAGGGUACUGGAGCCAGUGGAGCACAGAGAUCAGAUGGAACGUCACCCCUGAGACAACAGGACCUAAAACCGAACCUGCUGAUGUCCUGCCCAAGAACCUGCAGUGUGAGUACGAUGGAGUGGCAGAGAUGGGUUGUACCUGGGAGGUGCCCAGCCAGUCACUUGGCCAGGUGGAGUUUAAGCUGCACUACGCCAAAGCCAACAACAUGCUGAGCGAGUGCUCACCUACUGUCACACAGCAGCAAACCUCGCAUCCCACCAGCUUUGGCUGUAAGUUUCCUGUGGACGGUCAGGAGACUGCGGACAACUACACAGUGGUCCUGAAGGCAGUGGAGCCAACACACAUGAUCAGGCUCUGUAAAACCAUCAGAGCUGCUGAACCCUUCAACCUGACGGUGACCCCGAGCUCAGACGGGUAUAAACUGAAAUGGGAGGCCAUAGAGAAACCGGAACAGGCACUGCAGUACCAGAUCCGCCAGGAGAAGGCAGACCAGGCCGGGCUGAACCCGAAAAUGGUGGACAUUCCCCAAAGCAGCCGGUUCUACGUGUUCCCGAAGAGCUCGCUGGAGCUUGGCAGCCGGUAUUCUUUCAGGGUCAGGGCUAAGAUGGCCAAGGCCGGGCAGGACGGUUAUGAUGGACCCUGGAGCGAAUGGAGCAGAGAAAUCAUCCUGAACGUUAAGGGAGACUCGGAGUACAUCACCAUUCUAAUAACUGGGACACUUAUUUCACUGGCCAUCUUAAUGACUCCACCGAUCUGCUGGCUCAUAUGCAGGAGAAAGCGCUCCUGGUUGGACAGUAUUCCGAAUCCGGGAAAGAGCAAACUGUUCCAGAGCGAAGGCCAGGGAGCUCUGUUAAGACCCACAACUUCUCUCAUCACUAUAACGGAUGAGAUGAGCUUGGACGAGUCUUGCGUUACAUGUCCUGAGAUCAUCCCUAGUGAGAAGCACAAGUUGGCCAGCAGUGAGGAGACUCAGAUGAACGUCACACCCUCUCCCGAGCCGAGUGAGCAGCUUAUCGGACAAGACCAACCUUACCAACAGUUUGCGCUGCUGACCAGUGGCAGCCAGUGGUGCCAGCCAGUGCCUGCGGAAGCCUUGCCCAGUCUCGUGCUGCCCCACACUGACCUGAGAGAGCUAACUGGGUACAGAGACCCUCCCUGUCGCUCCGACUACGACGGGCCCUAUCUGUACAGCGGCCAAGCUUCGUCCCUGCCUAAUUUCUUCUCCAAACCCAAGGCCGAGCCUGGCAAAGGUGCUGAUGGCCAGUCUGAGGAUGCCCAAGACAGGCUGUGGUAUACGAAGAUCCCACAGGAGGUCUCUGAGACUCUGCUCGAAUCAGGCAAUAACCAAGCUACUCCUCCUGUCUCCGAUUAUGUCCUGAGCUUCGCACAGACGGCCUCCAGUCCUCUGCUAGUGCCCAAAACCUCUGGUUCUUAUGUCCAGGCGGAGAGGACCUGUUCCAGAAAAACCUUUCCGGAUGAACCACCUUUUGUGGUGAACAAUUAUGUUCUAAGCCCCCCAAAGCCAAACCUAGUUCCCUUACCUGGGACCAUGGCUGGCUAUGUUCACAACAUGAACUCCAAUAUUUUUUGUCCGUCUUCAAGCCAAUCAGUUCCCGAAGCCUUCCCUACUCGUUCUGCCAACUCCCAGCGACAAAGCCUCGCUGCACUCUGCCCACCCGAUAGCAGGGGCUACGUGCUGUCUUUACCGGGAGACACUGCUCCCCAGGAACUCGGAAACAAACAAUCUGCCAACCAGCGGCCAAGUGUGAACUCCCAGACCUCAAGUCACCAGGCGCUCAGUGAUUAUGUCACUGAACUAAAACCCUCGUCCAAGCUUCAAGCUCAUCCUGAGGAACCUCCAGUGAAAAAGCCGCUGUAUGUUGAGGACACUCCCUCUGAGUUCCCAGUUGUCCUUCUGCAACAAGGCUCCAAACCCAUUGUCCUCAAGCAAGUUGGUGAUUAUUGCUUCAUUCCAACAUCUCUUUCCCAUGACGAUGCAGGCAGCAACCCCGGGGCUUUGCUGAAAACUCAGGACAUGAGUCAUGACCAUGCGGCCAACCAGCAGGUCAGCCAUAAACCAGAACCUCAUCAGUCUCUUUGCACCACUACACACCAGCUGGUGUCCCAGCCCUAGCCUCACACGCACACACACAUGCAUACACACACACGCAAGCACACACAGCUUCCUCACUGACUCAGUGACAAAAAAAAACUCUUUGGAAAGAAAACCAUUGAUGAGAAAUAAAGGACAUGAUGUAUUGGCCCGAGAGGAGAACGAGAGAAACACAAACCCAAGGCACUUGGCAAAAUGUGUUGACUUUUCUUUCUGUGAACCAAUCAAAGUCUUGUUGACUGUCUGUGGUGACACUUUGUCUGUGAAUACUUUACCUGUAGCUUGUCAGGGCCUGUGUAUAUAUUGUUCCUGUGCUGUGCUGGGCUGGCAAUAAUCACAUGUGGAUGAGCUGUUUCAAUUGUUAAGAAUACUGUCAAGUUCCUUCUCGUUCUAACGAUUGUAGUUUCCAAUUGUGUGAACAGCUUGUUAUAGCUGCAAGAUUUUCCUUGUUAUUUGCAAACCAAAUAGUUCAGUGAGGUAGAGCCACCUUGUCAUCAGGAGAUCAUGUUUGAAUGAAGUGGUUCUAUGGGCAGGGUGCCACUGAUCUGCCCCCUCUCACACAAUCACUGGGAAGUCCUCCGAAUGUCUCCACAUGAUGAAAGGUGCUGUAUCAAAUGCAAGCAUUAUUAUUACUAAUACAAUUAACAAUUUCAAAGCACUUCGGAUUGAAUGGGGAAUUGGACCUUUAGAGGAACAUUAAUAAAGAUCUAGGGAUUGGGGUUAGGACUAACUUUAAUCCUGUCAACCAUUUCCUCCUCUCUGGUUCCCUGGGCUUCUCUUCCUCCUCGCUCUAUGGAAGAAGCAAUCCUACCCCUUCUCAACACUCUUCCUCCCACUUUUUAAAUCUACUCUCUGCUGGCAAGGUCCUCUCUCUGUGAUCUUCACCAGCCUGUGAUGGGAGGGAUGAAGGUCAGGAGGAGCCAGCAGUCUCUCAGUCGUUCCUGGGAUCUGGUUUCUCUGUCCUCACAAUCCUCAACGAUUGUAUCUUCAACCGAAGGCAAACCGGAAUUUCUGCCUUGCAAGCCAACAUCGGAAGCUCAGGUGUGUCGCAUUCUUUGUUAAGGAGUAAUAUGGCUUUUACAUUUAUCGUUCACCAAAAGCAAUAAAGAAGUAACUUUUGUUGAA